GCGAAAAAGAGCACCAAAUGGACAUGCAAAGCUUGUGGAGAGAAACAGUCCUUCCUGCGGGAAAAGUCGCAGCCCUCAGAGAGCCGCUGGCUGAAGUACCUGAAGAGGGAGCCCCAGGAACUGGAGCUGGGAGGCGUGCAGGGUGGCGGGCAGCCCUUGUCCUGGGCAGCGGAGCCAGGCGCCACCUUCGGCCAAGACCCACCCAGAAAGAGGAAAUGCAGCCAGAGCAGCAUCCAGCCUCAGUGCAGCCUUCAUGUCCAGGAUGUGGGUGGCUUCGAGGUCACCUGGGAAGCCCAGGGCUAUGCUGGCCUGGCCAAGAAGGCGGGGCAAGGCUGCAGCCCCUGCCUCCAGACCCCUACAGACCGCAGCGCCCGGGAGCUCAGCACUCCUUGGUGGAGCCCACUGACGCCUGCCCAGCAGGUUAAAGCCACCACUUCCGCAGCAGCCCGAUUCCCCCUGCCACCUGGAGACAGCGCCCAUGUGAACACAGAGCCACCGAGGCCACAGCGGCACGGCCCCAAGGCAACUGAUGCAACAAGGGACCCCCAGGCUGAGCAAGGGAUUCCCAGGGCCAGCGGCCUCAGCAGGCCCGCCCGCCCACACUGCCCAGCGCCCUGGAGCCACGCAUCCCCCCACCUCAGGGCCCCAGGGGCUCUGCAUGAAGACGCCCAAGCAGUCUCCUGGGCCAGGGGCGGACCCUUAGCCCUAGGGGCACAGAAGUCCCCAUGCAUGCACCUGUGUGGCCUCUUCACAACCGAGGAGGACUUUGACGAUGCCCUGUGAACUGAGGCAGGCACGUUACUUCGGGUGCCUGUUCUGGCAGCCCCUUUCCACUAGACCCGUUCCCUGGAAACGGGCUCCUCCAAGGCACUUGGAACUCGCCAACAAUAAACAUAAACAUGGCUGUCA